AUGGAACAGGCCUCAAACAUUGGUGAUACUCGAAAACUGCGCCAAAUUAUCCGCCAAGUUAGUGGUGAGCCCUCGACAGUGACCAACUCUGUUCGUCAUACGAACCUCGGCUUUAUUGCUGACAAAUCAACCAAGGUCGAUCGCUGGCGUGGGCACCUCAAACACCUUGUCAACUUUGUUGGACAACCCAUCACACCCUUGCCCUCCUCCCCAGCGCAGAUUUAUCUCUCCAACCUAUAUAGUGUCAUGCAACCCACCGCCUUCCGAAGAAAUCGCUAAUACAAAACAAACGCUGCGCAACAAUAAGGCUCCCGGAGCGGACAGUAUUUCCGCUGAAAUCUGCAAGUCCUGUGUCGACAUCCUGACGCCAAAUCUGCUGCCGAGGAUUGUCACACGGAGAAAAGUGCAGUCCGUGGCAUCAUUAACGCCGACGCAUCCAGUACAGGUAAGUUCAAGUCAGAAGGCGUGGGAUCCAAAAGAUCUUGAUCUUUCUUAAAUGAGCAGGCACCAACAACGCGAGUUUUGUCCCAGGCCAUUUUACUUCCAGUUUUAAGCUUAUAUUUGCAAAUAUGUGUAAGAAUAUCUGAGAUUCAGAAAUCUUAUUAUGUUCAGCCUCUCCCGAAAAAGAGGAGGAGGAAGAAGAAGAAGAAGAAGAAGAAGAAGAAGAAGAAGAAGAAGAAGAAGAAGAAGAAGAAGAAGAAGAAGAAGAAGACAAAAGUAUAUGAACCGGAAUAUAUUUGGACUGACGUUACGAAUCUUCCUCGUUUUCGUCAAAAGAUGAUGGUGCUGAUACUUCAAUAGCAGGAAGAAUUAACACACCACUCCAAUGAGGAAAACGAUGAAGAUUCCGAAACACCAGUCCAAAUAUAUUCCGGUCCAUGAACUCGUACCUUCUUUUUCAUCGUCUUCGGGGGGUGGUGAACAAAGUCUAUAUAUAUGUAUAUAUAUGCAGAAUAUUAUUACCGACAAAGACAAGGAAGACUAGAAUGGCCAUUUCUGGUUUAUUAGCCGCCGUCAGCCAGCCAUACAAAAACUCGAAGUGUGAAACACCCGAGCCUCGAACUCGCGAACUGUUGGUUUAGAAGUCUACGCCUCUACCCACCGGACCACGAGCACGUUGCCCUGUCGGUUUUCGAUCGGGAAUAUACAAUGGUAGGGGGCGCUCAUCGAUCGUUCAUACGGAACUCACUCGUUCCGUUGUGCCUUAAGGGCUCUCUCUCGAGCCCAACCAGCAGCCGCACAGCGACGCAUGAUAUAUAGGCACAACGAGUGAGUUUCGUAUGAACGAUCGGUGAGCGCUCCCUACCAUUGUAUAUUCCCGAUCAAAAAAAACCUAUAGGGCAACGGGCUCGUGGCCCGGUGAGUAGAGGCGUUGACUUCUAAACCAACAGGUCGCGAGUUCGAGGCUCGGGUGUUCCACACUUCGGGCUUGGGUAUGGCUGGCUGACGACGGCUAAUAAGCCAGAAAUGGCCAUUCCAGCCUCCCUUGUCUUUGUCGUUAAUAUCAUUCUGCCUAUAUAUCAUGCGCCGCUGCAAGGCUGCUGGUUGGGCUCGAAAGAGGGCCCAUAAGACACCACGGACGAGUGAGUUCCGUAGAAACGACCGGUGAGAGUUCCCCCAACCACUACAUAUAUAUACAUACUUAGGAAGGGCAUGCGUAAACACGAGGGACAGAGAGUCACUUCAGUGGAAGAGGAACUUGUGUCCGUUAAUGCGUGUCCCACGACGUAGGCCUGUUUGGCCAAUAUAAACAUGAAGACAGUUGGCACACAGGAUGUGGUAAAUGACACUAGUUUGUUGUUCUUUGGGCAGCAGGUUCUUUGUUCGGCAUAAUGUUACGCGUAGAGAGGAUGCGGGCUUGUGGGCGAUGGAGAUGCCAAAACGUUUCAACUGUUAGGAGAUCGUUUCAGAAAUGCUUAGAAUAUACAGCAAUGAGUAGAAUUUGCGCGGCACUUUAUUAGAGUCAAGACUUUGUGGCUGUCUCUGGCGUCUGAGACAAUUUUUUUACAAAACUGGUCGGAUAUUCGUCGAUUCAGAAUAACCGAUGUGAGUAGACCGGUUCUUUCUUACAUAAGUCAUUACUGCUGCAGAUAUGGAAGCCCCGAUGGAAAAGAGUGAGAGCACAGCUUCUUUUAUUGGCCGCAGAAUGAUUGCUUCCACAGUUAAGAAUGAUUUUGACAUUAGGGUCUUUUUGGCGGACGCUCGUUGCAAGGUCGCCAUCACUGAGUGUUUAUAUACUUAUAUUUAAAAACGGGAGGGUAUCUCCUGUUGCUUCUUCUCGGGUAAACUGUAUAGCCGGGAAGACGCUUUUUAAGUUCUGGUGUACCACAUCAGUUAUUCAACAUAUUUCUGGGCGUCGAACGCUUAUCCUUACCAGACGUUGGGAGAAAUUUGCACAGAGGCAGGUGACGCCUUACGAACAGUUAACUUUUCUCCACCGCUGUCGCGAUCAUGGUGUCCUACCGAAGUCCCUCCGAUUCAAGCCCACCCUACCCAAUGAGACCGGAAGACGACUUGCACGCAAGUAUUGAUUUCGUGUUUUGAGUGCCACUAUAUCCGACGUCCACCAUCGUCUUUGCCGCUUCGAAGCAACAAUCUCUGACCUUAGAAGCCGAUGCGCCUAAUACUUACCCGAUAACCUCAUUUCACAAAUACUUCACCGAAUAAACGCCACAACCAAAGACGCCAGAAUGAAAAAAACGGGCCGAUCUGCAAAGGAAACUACAGUCUCUUCUUUGCACGGCCAGCGAAAACCGAAUAUCUACGAAGGUUGCUAAUCUUUCGAAAAGGGAUCUAACCUCCACUGAAAUCAGCCUCCUGUCUAAGGGAAUAAGAUUCAGUCACACCGAUGCUGCAUCUACGGACUUCCUAGCCAACCUUGAAUCCCUCCUACUGACCUCCGACGUCCCUGAUGACAUGUGUGAGGACAUUCGCAGUUGCGCCACUGGUCUCCUAUGACAGAGGCAACUCCAUUAAACCCUACCGACCGAAGAGGAAAAGGCGUUGCGAUCGCUGAGGACAGACGGCAAAAUAGUUAUUAUGUCUGUUGACAAAGGAGGAGCAACCGUUAUUAUGGACAAGGCUGACUACGUCAACAAGGCAAACCAAAUCUCCGAUGAUAGGGAAGCCUAUGCGUCACUCGAUGUAGAUCCAACGAAAAAACAAGCCGCGGCUAUCAAGAAGAAGGUGAAUGAGCUUGCCCGAUUGAAGCUCAUAAGCCCCGAUGACAGCAGAUCUAUGGCCCUCAGUGACCCCCCGUAUCGCACGUGCGUACGGUCCUCCCAAGGUGCACAAGACAGAUGCGCCGAUGAGGAUCAUUGUGCCACUUAUUGUAUCCCCUACUAACAACCUUGCCAAGUGGUUAUACAGACACUUAAAGCACCUCACAAAUGGAUCGCAGUACAGCAUCAAAAAUUCUCAGGCUUUCCUACAAAAGAUCCAAGGCCUUGAAGUAAGUCCUGACGAAUGCCCUGUUUUCUUCAAUACUGCAUGACCUAACGAUUGACAGCGUAGCCCGAUGUCUAGGGCAAAGUCCCAUUGGCAUUCCAACACAGCAUGUUCUAGACAUGCUUAAGCGUUGCCUCAAGAAUUUUUGUCAGUUCGAUGACAAGUACUAUCAACAAGUAAAGGGCACCCCAAUGGGCUCCCCAAUAUCAGGGCUGCUUGCAGAACUAGUCUUGCAGCGACUUGAACAGGAUGUUGUGCAAACCUUCGAACCAAAAAUGUGGCUCCGCUACGUGGACGACAUAUUUGUCAUCAUAAAGGCCAACGAAGUUGAGCGAUUACACCAGAACUUAAAUAGCGUCUUCCUGGCUAUAGAGUUUACUCGAGAAUAAGCAACAGGAGAUACCCUCUCGUUCUUAGAUGUGAGCAUACAAAGACUUAGUGAUGGCAAACUAGCAACAAGCGUCCACAGAAAGGACUCUAGUGCUGAAAUCAUAUUUUACUAUGGGAGCAAUCAUCCUGCGGCCCAUAAACGAAGCCGUGUCCGCACUCUUUUCCAUCGGGCCUAUCACAUUUGCAACAGUGGUGACUUUCUUAAGAAGGAAUUGGUCUACUUUCAUCGGUUAUUCCGGCCCAACGGAUAUCCUGUCGGUUUUGUAAAGAACUGUCUCAGACGCCGGAGACAACUACCAAGCCCCGAAUCUAAUUGAGAUAGAGUGUCACAGAAUUUCUAUUCACUGCCGUGCAUUCAGGGAAUUUCUGAAACACUCUCCCGACAAUUAAAACGCUUUGGCAUCUCCAUUGCACAUAAACCCGCAUCUUCUCUACGCGAGGCAUUAUGUCGAGUAAAGGACCCGGUGCCCAAAGAACAAAUUACUAACGUCAUCUACCGUAGACCGUGCGCCAAUUGCCCUUCUAUUUAUAUUUGCCAUGCAGGCCGAUGUCUUGGGACUCGCAUUAACGGGCAUAAGUUCGUCCUCCUCUGAAGUGACCCUCUGUCCCUCGUGUUUACGCACGCCCUUGAACAUGACCACCGCUUCAAUUGGGACGGUACUGAAGUGAUCGCAAGGGCUAACACCAGACAGGCGCGAUAAUUCCUCGAAGUUUGGCAUUCUGGCACGACCAGCAUCAACCGCCACGUCGAUCUAGACGCUCACUACGAGGGCUUACGUACACGCUCACAGUCUUGUUCCCACACCCUAACAACUGCUAACCCCCCCUCGGCCACAUAGACUAUGCUGUUUCGACAUUCCGCUCCCUCCCCCCUCCUUGCGACACGGUGAACAACAACCGAAACUCCCUAACACCUCCAACGCCGGCGCAAUGCCCCUGACCUCAGCCCGCAUCAGUGACCAGCCGCCCGCAUUCCCACUGAUCCGUAAUCCCCCGCGUUUUCUCCACCUCCAACACUGGGAGCCCUAA